CCGGUCUCUAGGAGGAGUCCUGGGGCACAGAGGCGGCACCUUAGAUCUUGGCCUCACUGCAUCAGGGGACCAAGGGUGGCACAGGGCACCUCUGCUGUGAUUGUGUUUUCUUUCCAGGUUCGCAAAUCUGCUUUUGUCUUUGGUCUGUGACUUAAGGUCUCAUCGCAGAACAAAAUGGGAGAUGCUGAAGCAGGCAAGAAGAUCUUUGUUCAGAAAUGUGCUCAGUGCCACACGGUGGAGAAAGGUGGGAAACACAAGACUGGUCCAAACCUCUGGGGCCUUUUCGGCCGGAAGACAGGACAAGCACCAGGAUUUUCUUACACCGAUGCAAACAAGAAUAAAGGUAUUGUCUGGACAGAAGCAACUUUAAUGGAAUAUUUGGAGAACCCAAAGAAAUUCAUCCCUGGCACUAAAAUGAUCUUUGCUGGUAUCAAAAAGAAGAGUGAGAGAGAAGAUCUUAUUCAGUAUUUGAAACGGGCAACAUCCUCAUGAAUUAGAAGUACAGCUUCAAAAAUACUAGUUCUCAAUUUCAAAUAUUGUUCUUAAUAAGAAGCAAUUUCUGCUCUUUCUUGAUCAGCCUGUAGUAA